UUGGGGAAUUAAGCUCUUAGCUCCUUCCUUCAACUUCUCUCUCUUUUCUCUCUCUAAAAUGAGAAAUUCUUCUCUCAAAAUCAGCUCAUCUGAAAGGGGAAAGGGGUCUCCUAUUUAUAGGAAAUCAGAGGAUGGAAAAGUUCGCGACCAAAAAGGCAACGAUCACGGGCGGGAUCUUCAGAUGAGAGGUCGAGAUCUUGAAACACAGUCGUGUUGGCCUUCUGGAUUGAGGAGAUCGCGGACUGACUUCGCGGUCGCGAUCUGCGAGUCGCGGCCGCAAUCGUCAUCGCAGUCAGAAUGCACUAUGGCCGUGAUUCGACCGGGGAAACUCAUUGUUUCUCCUCGGCUCCUUCUUCACGAAUUUUGCGUCCUGAGCCUUACAAUUCGCUUCCGCGACCUUGGGCUUCCAGGCCGUGAUCUUGGGCUUUCAGGCCGCGAUCUUCGGCUUGUCUUCGUGGUCCACGAUCUCGGCCGUUAUCUUUACUUCUAGAGCAUGAUCUCCAGUCUUCUACCCCCUUGCUAUACUUGUGACCUUGUUUUGUACCUAAUUCGCAUAUAUCGUCUAACACACCCUAAAAUCACAUCGAAUUCAAAUAGGAACAAAAUAGGGAUGCAAUUGACGAUGUUUAAGCAUUAAUACACUUGAAUUGGCACG